AUGGAAGAUGCUUCGCGAUCUGGAGAGUGUGAUGUUGAGUUGAGUGAGGAGGAGGAUAAUUGUAAGAUUUUGGAGUGUGCAGAUGUGAUUCCAGAAUUGGAUGAUUUGAGGUUACCAGUUGAGGGUACUUCUGUUGUCGAAGGAGACUCUGUUGUUGAAUUGGUUGGAAAUGGUGUAAAGGUUGUUCCUGUUAAGGAUAAGGAGGUGGAUCUGAGUGAAGCUGGAGGUUCUGAGGCUAAGAACAAUAAGAAUUUUUUUGCACCUACUAGAGAGGAGGGAAAAGUUGUUGUCAAACCUCCUAAGGAAGCGAUUGAGGCAGGUAUUCUGAAGUGGUCUCCAUCACUGCGUACUAUGGAUAGUAUGUGGGCUCAAUAUGGGAAAAUGGAGGUUUUCUUGGGGGAGAAUGGUCUCUAUUUGUUUCGAUUUGCUGAUGAAAGGACCAGGGAUAAGGUCAUGGAAGCUAAGCUAUGGCAUAUAGCAAACAAACCUUUGAUCCUACGUAAAUGGACUCCAGCUAGUGGAGUUGGUAAGCCUCUUUGUGUUGAUUCUGUUACUGAAGAUCAGCUUAGGCUUGGAUUUGCUAGGGUAUUGGUUGAAGUGGAUAUUGAUUCUGAUUUUCCAAGAGAGGUUGAAGUUGUAGGUGCUGAUGGGGGGAGGGUUGCAGUAGGAAUUGAGUACCCAUGGUUGCCUAUUAAAUGUAAGAAGUGUAAAUCUUUUGGUCAUUUAGCACAUGCUUGUACCAAAGUGGAGAAACAAGUUUGGAUUCCUAAAAGGACUGAACCUGUCCAGCAAGAAUUGCAAAAGCAGGUUGGUGUUGGGUCUGGUAAAACCAUUGGGGUGCAAAUUGUGUCAGCUCCUAGGGUUGCUGCUAAAGACCAAUGGACUGAAGUUAGAUCUGCUAAAAGAACUCCUAUCUCUAAGCCUUCUGCUAGGGAUAAUCUUCAUUGGACUAAUUCUUUUCACUUGCUGGCAAGAGCUGAUGGCAGAGGUGAUGCUGAUGAGGUGAAAGGUGCAGGAGCUGUUUCAAAUACUUUGCAAAAAGUGAUUGAAUAUGCCUUAAAUGAGGAGAGUGCCAAUCUCUUGGUUGACAAGGGGAAAGGCAAAAUGGGGGAAGAGGAGGAGGUGUUAAUGAGGGGUUCUUCUCCUACUGCAUGA